GGGUGCCCUCGUUCCGCCGGCCCUGCGUAGCGAAGUACCCAGGGAGCUGUCGGUGGCACCUCCGCUUUGCUCCUCCCGCGGAGGUGGAGGGAAGAGGCCAGCAUGGUUGAGAACUCUCCCGCCCCGCUGCCCGAAAGGGCCAUCUAUGGAUUUGCGCUCUUCCUGGGGUCGUGGUUUGGCUUUAUCCUGUACCUUAUCUGGGCAUACAUUCCUGAGACUUGGCUGUUCUCAUUGGGACUAACAUACUGGCCUCAAAAGUACUGGGCAGUUGCUGUGCCUACGUAUUUACUAGUUACUAUAGGAAUUGGCUAUGUAUUACUUUUUGGUAUUAAUAUGAUGAGUACAGCUCCACUCAACUCUACACAUACUAUUACAGAUAACUAUGCAAAAAAGCAACAACAGAAGAAAUUUCAAGAAGAAGCAAUUCCUGCAUUAAGGGAUAUUUCCAUCAGUGAAGUAAACAGAAUGUUUUUCCUUUCUGAUAAAGACAUUUCCAAUAGCAAAUAAUGAUAUUAAAGGUCCGUCUAAAUAAAAUAUUAGUAACAACACUGCAGAAAUGAAAUGCAAAAGGAAACUCUAUCCAUGCCAAGAGAGGAUACCUUCUGCUAGUAUACGAAAUGUUUUCUUCUAAAUUUCUAUCUUAAAUUUAUGUAAACAUACUUGAUAUUUGAAAUGGAUGAGCUUUUUGAAAGGGCCUUAAUAGUUUGCUUUGGUCUAAAAAUAAUGCCAGAUUAAUUUAAUUUAACCUUCUUAUGGUUUAAAGGAAAUGCUAUGUUAACUUACAGAUUGUUGCUAUAUUUUUCUCUCUCAGUGUUAAAGAAAAAAGAAUUUGAGUCCAAUUCUGUUUUUCAUAGAAUUCAGGGAGAUUAAAUGUACUCUGUUAGACUAAUGCUUGAGGCUCUUGAAAUUUUGAAAUCUCUCCAGUUUACUUGUUUGUCUGUCUUUUUUUUUGGUUUACAAGACACACAAAACUGAAGUGUUUCCAUUUUAAAUACACAGUUUGUGUUUGUAAAUAGUAAUAAAGUACAGUUAUUUUUACUCAUUU